UCUUUCUGUUAGGGGCUCCGACCAGGGUUCUGGCCAAGAGAUCGACAAGGAUACCGACGAGGGUACUUAUCAAGAUGCAGGCAAGGAGUUCUCUGUUGCCGAACCCGAGCUGUUGUCUGACGAGCAGCCUCCGCACGCCACUGUUGAAGAGUCGACCAGAGAAAUGCCCGACGAACCUGCCUUCCACCCGCAUCCGCAGACUCCCGUCCUGGAGAUCACGACAGUUCCCAAGGCUGGGCCCGUAGUGCCCUUGGAUCGCGUGGAACCGACGCCCCCGACUGCAAAUCCUGCACGAACAGACGGUAUUGUUUCCUUUUCGUCGGUAUUUAUACUAUCCUUUCGUUCCCUACCUGUUUUCUAA